AUGAGUGGCCGUCUUAAUGGCGUUCAAGCACGCAUUAAAAAGGAGGUGCCUUGUGCACUAUACAUUCAUUGUAUGAGUCACCGUCUCAACCUGGUCAUCGUGGACACUGGUAAAAAUGUACAGGCAGCAAAUGAAUUUUUUGUGAAACUUGAAAAGCUGGAUGUGUUCUGCAGUACCUCUGUAGUUCAUUCAGUGUUUACUAAUGUGCAACAAGAAAUGUCAAGCAAAUCAGUGAUUCAGCUUAAGCAAUUAAGUGACACAAGGUGGACAUGCCAACAUGCAGCCUGCAAUGCUGUUCUGAAAACACUUGACCCUCUGUUGGAAACCCUCAAGAUUUUAGCAGAAGGAAACCAUACUGAGAGAGCAGUUGAGGCGAAAUCAGUUCACCAGUUCAUUGAUUUUGGCUUCAUUCUGGCACUGGUGUUUUUUGAGAACAUACUAGAAAGGACCCAGAUGCUCUCUAACAUGUUACAAGCCAGAGAUCUUGACUUGGCAUCAGCUGUCCUUCUUGUACGAACAAUUAUAGAAGAGCUUGAAGAAGUGCGCAAUCCAGAGAGUGAACCUGAAGCUUCUGCUAAUUCUGUAACAAUGGGACAUGUGUGGGCAGAAACAAUCCAGCUGAGCAUGAAGUGUGGAAUACCAGCACCAACUGACGAGUAUAUCGAACCGCCUUCCAAAAAGCGAGAUCGCCGGCCUCCUUUCCACUUGAGAAAUAGCAUCAUUUUGGAAACUGUAGGUCAUCGACAACAACUGCUCAGAAAAGAGGAUUUCAUUAAAAAGUUCAUGUAUGUUGUUCUUGACAGAAUAAUUUCGGAACUAAAAUCUCGCUUCUCAAGGGAUUCUCUGGAAAUCAUGGAAGGUGUACAGUCUCUGAAUCCUCGAUCGGAUUCUUUUCUUAAUUUUAAGAAAUUGCAACCAAUGGCCAAUUUCUACUCCUGCAACAUGGAAAACAUGGAGAUUGAGCUGAAGCAGGCAAUGCUAACCUUACAAAGAAAAAAGUCAUCAGAUGCCAUUGAGGUGGACACAAUUCUCGAGUUCACUAACUUUCUGGAGCCUUACUCUAUUCCAUUCCUUGAGCUCUAUCGGCUUUGUAAAAUAGCUUGUGUUUUGCCAGUAAGCAGUGCAUGA